GAAAAAUUUGAAAUCGAAAAUUUGGAGAGUUUUUCCCACCCAAAAGAGACCGCCUCUUUAGGUUUUUGCACAUUCAAAUUCGCACUUUCCUUAUUGAAUCUGUUUAUUAUAAUCCUCAACACCAUACACCAGCCUCUCAUUUUCAUCCCAUCUCCACGGCUCCCUCUCCUCUCAAGAUUCAAAUCUCCUCAGAAAAGGUGAAAGAUGGCUGGAAAAGGAGGAAAGGGGCUUCUGGCAACGAAAACAACUGCAGCAGCUAACAAGGACAAAGACAAGGACAAGAAGAGGCCGGUCUCUAGGUCUUCUCGUGCUGGCAUUCAGUUCCCUGUCGGUCGUAUCCACCGGCAUCUGAAGCAAAGGAUCUCUGCCCAUGGGCGAGUUGGGGCCACUGCUGCUGUCUACUUGGCUUCAAUCCUUGAAUACCUGACCGCAGAGGUUCUUGAGCUUGCUGGAAAUGCUAGCAAGGAUUUGAAAGUGAAGAGAAUUACUCCAAGGCAUCUGCAGCUGGCCAUCAGAGGAGAUGAGGAGCUGGAUACCCUCAUCAAGGGAACUAUCGCUGGUGGUGGUGUAAUCCCUCACAUUCACAAGUCUCUCAUCAACAAAACCACCAAAGAGUGAAAUUGUUGGCACCUGAUCUCAAGUUGCUUUCAGCUGGAAGAUUAUGUGUUUUAUUUGGUGACUGUAUCUUGGUUUAGGUUAAGAUAGACUCUGUUUGGUAUUAGUGUUAUGUUUAUGUGUGGGUAGGGCAUCUUGGUUAAGUACAUAUCGUUUGGCUUCUAGGUUUGUCCUCUAGAACUAGUGCCUUGUUUAGAAUAGGAAUGCUGUUUUUUGGACCCGUAACUAAAUUUCUUAGCAUCCUCUUGACUUACAUUCCAUGCUUCUGUGUUUCCCAGAAAAACGAAAAAAAUCCUGUGAUUUAAAAUUAUGCUAUUACAACUGAAAGGUCGUAGGGCGAGUUGCCUCUUAA